AUGGCUACUUCUCCCAAGGGAUUGUUUUUAAGUCAAAGGAAAUAUGUGAUUGACUUGCUUCAAGAAGUGAAGAUGAUGGAUUGCAAACUGGCUCGUACCCCUCUUGAUAGCAAAUUGAAGUUGGACUUGGAAGGAGAACCUCUCGACGAUAUAAGUUACUACCAAAGACUGGUGGGUAAGCUUAUAUAUCUCACCAUUACUAUACCGGAUAUAACUUACGCCGUCAGUCUUGGAAUUAUCAUGAAGAACAAUGGUCAUACUCAAAUCAUGGCAUACAUCGAUGCUGACCGGGCAGGGAAUGCUAUUGAUAGAAAAUCCACUACUGGCUACUACACGUUUGUUGGAGGAAACAUCGUGACAUGGAAGAGCAAAAAGCAAAAUGUAGCUAUGCAUAUUUCCAUCAAUCCUGUGUUCCAUGAACGCACCAAACACAUUGAAGUUGACUGUCACUAUGUUCGUGAACAAGUUCAGUCCAAG